UGUAUUGCUGGUGGAAGCCUGAACUUGAAUUCCGGAAUCGGUGCUUUAAGAUUAAAAUGGCUGUUCAAGGUAACCACUAAAGAUGGCAGAAGCUCACCAAGCUGUGGCCUUUCAGUUCACUGUCACUCCAGAUGGGAUCGACCUACGGCUGAGCCAUGAAGCCCUGAAGCAAAUCUAUCUUUCUGGACUUCAUUCCUGGAAAAAGAAGUUCAUCAGAUUCAAGAAUGGCAUCAUCACCGGCGUGUACCCGGCGAGCCCCUCUAGUUGGCUUAUCGUGGUGGUGGGCGUGAUGUCGACCAUGUACGCCAAGAUCGACCCCUCUUUAGGAAUAAUUGCAAAAAUCAACCAGACCCUUGACACGACCGGCUACAUGUCCAGCCAGACCAAGAACGUGGUCAGCGGCAUCCUGUUUGGCACGGGCCUCUGGGUGGCGCUCAUCAUCAGCAUGCGCUACUCCCUAAAGGUGCUCCUCUCCUACCACGGCUGGAUGUUCACCGAGCAUGGCAAGAUGAGCCGUGCCACCAAAAUCUGGAUGGGAAUGGUCAAGAUCUUUUCCGGCCGAAAACCCAUGUUGUACAGCUUCCAGACAUCUCUGCCUCGCCUGCCUGUCCCAGCCGUCAAAGACACCGUAGACAGGUACCUAGACUCGGUGAAGCCUCUCAUGCAGGAAGGAGACUUCAAACGGAUGACAGCACUUGCGCAAGACUUUGCUGUCAAUCUUGGACCAAAAUUGCAGUGGUAUUUGAAGUUAAAAUCCUGGUGGGCUACAAAUUAUGUGAGUGACUGGUGGGAGGAAUACAUCUACCUCCGAGGACGAGGGCCGCUGAUGGUGAACAGCAACUACUACGCAAUGGAUUUGCUGUAUAUCAUACCGACUCACAUUCAGGCAGCAAGAGCAGGCAACGCUAUUCAUGCCAUCCUACUUUACAGACGCAAACUGGACCGGGAGGAAAUCAAACCAAUUCGUCUUUUGGGAUCCACCAUUCCACUUUGUUCUGCUCAGUGGGAGCGAAUGUUUAAUACUUCUCGGAUCCCUGGAGAAGAAACAGACACCAUCCAGCACAUCAAGGACAGCAAGCACAUCGUCGUGUACCACAGGGGGCGCUACUUCAAGAUCUGGCUCUACCAUGAUGGGCGGCUAUUGAAGCCCCGAGAAAUCGAGCAGCAGGUGCAGAGGAUACUGGACGACCCGUCGGAACCGCAGGCUGGGGAAGCAAAGCUGGCGGCCCUCACUGCAGGAGAUAGAGUACCCUGGGCCAAGUGUCGCCAGACCUAUUUCAGUCGUGGGAAAAAUAAGCAGUCCCUCGAUGCCGUUGAAAAAGCAGCCUUCUUCGUGACAUUAGAUGAAACCGAACAAGGAUAUAAAAAGGAAGACCCACAUACCUCGAUGGACAGCUACGCCAAGUCUCUGCUGCACGGCAGAUGUUUUGACAGGUGGUUUGACAAGUCCUUCACAUUUAUUGUCUUCAAAAAUGGUAAGAUGGGCAUGAACGCAGAGCACUCCUGGGCAGACGCACCUAUUAUUGGCCAUCUUUGGGAGUACGUCAUGGCCACAGACAGCUUUCAGCUGGGCUACAUGGAAGAUGGACACUGUAAAGGGGACACCAACCCAAACAUCCCGUACCCCACGAGGUUGCAGUGGGACAUCCCAGAGGAAUGUCAGGAGGUCAUAGAGACGUCCCUGAGCAGUGCAAACCUUCUGGCAGACGAUGUGCUCUUUCCCAUUCGAUGCCUUCGGUAAAGGAGUAAUCAAGAAGUGCCGGACAAGCCCAGACGCUUUUGUCCAGCUCGCCCUCCAGCUGGCUCAUUACAAGGACAUGGGCAAAUUUUGCCUCACAUAUGAGGCCUCCAUGACGCGGCUCUUCCGGGAGGGGAGGACAGAGACCGUGCGCUCCUGUACCACAGAGUCCUGCAACUUCGUACUGGCCAUGGUGGACCCCGCCCAGACGGUGGAACAAAGACUCAAGUUAUUCAAGAUGGCAUCCGAGAAGCACCAGCUUCUGUACCGCCUUGCCAUGACUGGCUCUGGGAUCGAUCGCCACUUGUUCUGCCUUUACGUGGUGUCUAAAUAUCUCGCCGUCGAUUCUCCUUUCCUUAAGGAGGUUUUGUCUGAGCCUUGGAGAUUAUCAACCAGCCAAACCCCUCAACAACAGGUGGAGCUGUUUAACUUGGACAAGAACCCAGAAUAUGUGUCCAGUGGAGGGGGCUUUGGACCGGUUGCUGAUGAUGGCUAUGGUGUGUCAUACAUUCUUGUGGGAGAGGACCUCAUCAAUUUCCAUAUUUCUUCCAAGUUCUCUUGCCCUGAGACAGAUUCUCAUCGCUUUGGAAAGCACCUGAGGCAAGCGAUGACUGACAUCAUCACUUUGUUUGGGCUCAGUUCUAAUUCCAAAAAGUAAUUCCAUUAGCGCUGCUGUGAAGGAAAAGGAACUCUUCUGAUACCAACCAAAUGAAAAAUAGGUAUUAAUCCUGAUUGUAGGUCAGGAUGAAAAAAUUUCUCUUAAAAAGACUCAUGUAAGUUUUCCUUCCAUAAAGGGUUUGGUGUUUUUAUGUUCCUAGAACAGUACAUGUGAAGUAUAACCCCAUUGCUUCCAGGAAGGUCUUCACUUUGGGACAUUUGAUACAACCCCCCUAAAGUCUUUGCAUCAGCUUGUAUUUAUUAAGGGAUUCAAAUACUCUUGACUCGGUCGAGGAAAUCAGUGGGGUUGUGACUUCACACACAUUGAAAAUGGAAAUGGCACUUUCUCAGUGGUGACCGAAUACCUGGUACUUAAAGGGCAUUUAACUUCAUCAGAGCACUAUAAACAUUUGUUUUGUUCAAAGUGUCCACGUUGGUAGUGUUAACAGUUACAGCUAACACACAUGUAACACACUAACAGAAAAUGCUGGGCUUUGGAAGCAGGUGUUUGUCACUGUGGGUAAUGAUUCUGUCGUUGCCGGAUUUGGUCGUCAGGGUUUGCCUCUCUGUGUUUGAAGCAGGUAUAGCACCACGUCUUUAUUUUCCUGACCUUGCAUAUCUUCAAGACCCAGUGCCUUAAAAUGGAAAGGCCCUAAAUGUAAAGAGGGACCAUGUGAAAGGUUUAUUUUGUGGAGUCUGUGGGUGGGUUUGUGAGAAUAUUGCUCCCUUCGCAAUUUACUGAGUAUGGCUGACCCUAAAUAAACAUUUGCUGCAGUUUUCCCCUACCCCUAGAAAGACUAGUUCCUUUAUGAGGGCUGCUUGUUAGAUUCCUUCAUUGGACUGCCUUCCUGUCAUCGUUCAGCAACAAACAAAAUAACAGGCAUGUUUCAGAAAAAGGGAAAAAAGAGUUAUGAUGGUCUAAUAUGAUGUGUCCUGAGAAUCCACUAAAAAAUAAAAUGUAGAAUGUGCCUCAGAAUUACUGCUUGCCCAAACCAACAGUAAGGAGAGCAUGACAUUGACCUCUGGGAAAGGAACAGAACUUGAGAAAAGGUCAGACAGCCACUCAAUGGUCAGGAGCGUGCAGCUCCAGGACACCAUUGGGAUUACUUUCUAAUCCUUCCCAGUAAGAGAGAAGACCUGUCUUCGUUUCCAAAAGAGCUGGAGGUCGAUGGAAACAGAAUGCCAGGUAAUCUGGGUGACAGACCCAAGUGUCCCAAGUUACAGGUGCUAGGUUAAUACAGCCUAUCUUUCAGAUAGGAGUGCCUUUUUUGAAAGUGUCUGACUGACCACAAAGCAAUUAUGCACUGAGUCAGCUUCAGUAUUUAAUGUAAAAGUAAAGCAUCAUGGAAUGAAAUUCCUCCUUCCUCUGGGCUGUCAUUAUAAGCUUAACUGUCUGUUUUUUAAAGCAUAUAUUUAUUUUUCUGACCACUUUGUUGCAGUUGGGCCAGCCUCUUUCAAAGUUCUGCACUCCGAUAGUACAAAACCGAGGGGUAGGCUACUGGAAUAAAUGAAAGAUGCUUACUGAAGAGCAUGAGCAUGUUUUAUUUAUGUAUAUUUUGUAGUGUAAAAAAAUCCCACCUCGAUGGGCCAAAGAUUUCUUUUUUUCUCUUUAAAUCAAGAAGAAAUGAAAACAAAAGACAAAAAAAAAAAAAAAACCUUUUUCAACCAAAAACAGCAGUCAUAAAACCCCUGAUCAUCUGUGGUUUACAGCCUAGCAGGUUUGGAGGGUGACAGCCCUCUGUUUAGGGCAAGUGAAGCUUCUAAUCAAAAACUAGCAACCGACAUCGGUUUGUGUCAGAGCCACCUAAAUCAUGCACCGUUGACCACUGACCCAUCUGUAUUCCCGUAGCGUUCCCACGUGGACUCCAGUAUACAUGUUAGUGCUUCACCAUAUUUGGGUUUAUCUCUCAGGUUUUAAAUGUUUCAGACACAAUCGUUGCUAAUCACUGCAGUUAUCAAUGCAAUUUUAUAUUCCUUAAAAGGAGGAAGAGUGGGUUUUUAUUGUACAUGUUGAAAGGGGGAGGUAAAAGUAUUAUGUAUUUUAUUUAAUUUGGAACAAACCGUAUUUGUUAACGCAGCCAUGGUUGGAAUUUGUUCUCUUGGACUGUCCAUUGCUUGUAAAUAUAAUAUGCUCUUUGGAUGUAAAUCUUAGAGAUGCACAGUGUGAAUGUAGGUUAUCUUAAUAAAACAUUAAUCCUAGUCUACUAUAA